AUGGGCUUGGGUUCGUGGGGAAUCGCCCUGUUCGGUUACCUGUUCACCUACUACCACACAAAACUCACAGACGAAAGGAAAGUCACAAUCGACAGAGUUAACGAACAGUUGCGUGACUUCUACGGACCUCUGCUGGCAUGUGUGACAGCAUCCAAGUCUGCCUACGAUGCCAUGGUAAGACAGCACAGUCCCGAUGGGACCGUCGUUGGGUUCCAAAGAGCAGUGACAAACGACCCAGGUGGCAAGGAAGGGCACAUCUAUAGGCAGUGGAUGACCGACGUGCUGCAGCCGCUGAAUGAGCGUGCUGCAGCAAUCAUAUUCGACCAUGUUGACCUUUUGGAUACCUCAAGAAUUGAGCCGUUGCUGCUGCAGCUGGUUGCACAUGUGUCAGCCUACAAGGUCAUCUUGUCAAGGUGGAAGAAAGGAGAAAUCAGUGGUGAAGUGUCUGUGAUAUCAUACCCUGACAGGCUUGUAGAUUAUAUCAGGACAGAAUUUGGGCGUCUGAAGCGACUCCAGUCUCACCUCAUUGGACGAAGGGCUAGGUUAUAA